AUGCUAUUUACACAACCAAGUUGGAAAAACGGACUGCUCACCGGUGUAGCAUUGUUAGACUUUAGUGCUGCUUUUGAUCUAGUUGAUCAUGAUUUACUAUUGUUGAAACUGAAAGACUAUAAUUUUUCUGAAGGGGCCAUCGACUGGAUCAAAUCAUAUCUCACAGGCAGAAUUUCGAUGGUUAACAUAAACGGUGAAUUUUCUAGUCCAACGAAAAUUGUCUGUGGAGUACCCCAAGGAAGUUGUCUUGGACCUAUGCUGUUUAGUCUAUUCAUUAACGAUUUACCAUCUGUACUGGAUACAGCUAGUAUUACCUUGUAUGCUGAUGACAGCACUCCAUACCAUGUGGCAGAAAAUGUCAAUUUAAUAUCAGAAAAUCUUCAUAAUGAUCUACUUAACGUCGAGGAAUGGAUCCGGAAAAAUCGUCUGGUGCUAAAUGUGGAGAAAACUAAAAGUAUCCUAAUUGGAGGUCGCCAAAGGAUUAAAGUAGCACAGCCACUGAACCUAAGUAUGAAGAACAAAAGCAUUACUCAGUAUUCAUGUGUCAAACUUCUGAGAGUGCAGAUGGAUGAGGCAUUAAGUUGGAAACCCCAUUGCGAUGGUCUUUUGGAGGAUUGUUCAAAAGCGCUCGGUCUGUUGUAUAGAUUUAGUAAAUACAUACCAAAAACUGCUUUAAGAUCUAUUGCGGAUGCACUUAUACUAUCGAAACUCAACUACUGCUGUACGGUUUGGGGUUCAGCUCUGAAUCGGAAUUCUUUAGACUUUCUCCAAAUACUUCAAAACAAAGUUGCUAGAUUGAUCGUAGGUUGUAAAAUUCAUGAAAAAUCCAGAAAAGAACUACACAAUGAACUUAACUGGCUAACGGUCAGACAAAGAAUACAUAUGAGAACAGCUAUGAUUAUACAUAGAACACUCUACUGGAAGGAACCAUUUACUAUAUUUAUGCAUCUUCAUCCUCUCAUCAUUACCCAUGAACAUGAGACAAGAUUCGCAUCGAAGUGUAAAGGUGAUAAGUUACUACUUACGAAACCUGUUUAUAAGAAGAAAACUUUCCUUGCUAGAGCGUUUACAAUUAUAUAUAUAUAUAUAUAUAUAUAUAUAUAUAUAUAUAUAUAUAUAUAUAUAUAUAUAUAUAUAUAUAUAUAUAUAUAUAUAUAUAUAUAUAUAUAUAUAUAUAUAUAUAUAUAUAUAUAUAUAUUUAGAACUUAAUAUACCAUAGCGUAGACCUCGUGUAAACUAGCAUUAUAGCUAACUGGGGAUCUAUUUAAAUACAAGUACAAAAUACCCCCAGCCCCCCCCCAUUCAUGCGUGCAUAGUAUGUUGGCCACACACGUGGCCUUCAGCCAUUGCUAUCUCCCUGUAAUACAUUAUCUCACAGAAAGGUCCCUUUUCAAAAAAUGCUCCCCCCCCCCCACGGAAAAAUCCUUAAAAAAGGCCCUGUUGAAAAUCCGCUAACUUCCAAGCUUUAGGAAAUAUGCCUUGAGUUAAGCUCGAGUUAAUAAUAUCAUUGAUAGGCUGACUAAUAUACAGCAAACAAUCUAUUAUGAAGGUCAAAGUAAUUUUAUCGAGUCCCGGACCUUUAUUUUUAGGCAUAGCUGAAAUGAUAUUCCCAAUUGUCUCACAAGACACAGGCUCGAAGGAGAAUGUUAAAGACUCCACAGAAUUAGUAUUAUUCAAAUGUUCGUUUUAA